AUGAUCUUUAAAUCUAAAUAUCCAGAUAUAAAAAUUCCUCAAGUCGGAAUUUAUCAAUAUGUGACUAGUAAUCCAAAUAAAAUUCCAGAUGAUAAGAUUAUUUACGUGGACGGGAUUACUGGUAAAAGCUACACCUUUGGCGAAUUUAAACAUGAAUCGAAAAAGUUUGCUACUGGAUUACAAGAUAAUUUAGGAUUCAAACGUGGGGAUGUUUUAGCGAUAUUUUCUUCUAAUCAAGUUGAUUAUCCUAUUAUACUCUUUGGAGCGAUUGCAGCCGGAGGCAAAGUAACGAUGACUAAUCCAAAAUUCAAAACAAUAGAGGAAUUAUCUUACCUGUUAACCGAUUCAGGUGCAUCAGUUCUAGUCGUGCAUCCAGAAUUUUUUGAAGCCGUUAUCGAAGCUUCAAUCAAUGCGAAAAUUCCCACCUCCAGGGUAUUAUUGUUUGAUGAUCAAGAAAUAAAUGGAUAUAAACCUUAUCGCUCUAUUAUGAUUUGUGAUCAUGAAAUUGAGCCGAUUAAUUAUACUCCUGAAGAAGCAAAAUCAACGACUGCUUAUAUAAUUUACAGUUCUGGAACAACCGGAAAGCCAAAAGGUGUCGAACGUACUCACACAAACAUAGCUGCUAUUUUAACUCAAUUAACUGUUGUAGAUGGUAAACUUGGACCACAUAGUACAACUAUGGGAGUUACACAAUUUUGUCACGCUUAUGCGCUCAUUUAUAUUCUUCAUGAGCCUUUAAUUCAUGGUGCUACUACAAUCAUUCAUUCAAACUUCAAUAUGGAAACGUUUUGUGAAUCAAUUCAAAAAUAUAAAAUUACCCGCAUUUAUGCUACUGUACAAACUAUAUUUGAACUUGUCAAUGAUCCAUUGACUCAAAAUUUUGAUUUAUCAAGUGUGAAUAGGAUUAUAAGCACGGCAUCUCAAUUAAAUGAUAAAUUAGAAAGAAAAUUUUAUGAAAUGUUUAAAAUACCGAUUCUUCAAGCUUAUGGUCUUACUGAAAUGUGUACAGUACUACGUAAUCCUGAUACAAUGAAGAAUGCAGUUCCAGAUUCUAGUUGGAUUCUUCUUCCAAAUAUGAAGGCUAAAAUAUUAUCAGAAGAUGGUCGUGAAUUGGGAUACAAUGAACUUGGAGAAUUGUGUGUUCACGGUCCAACUACUAUGAAGGGUUAUCUCAAUAAUAAAAAAGCCACAGAUGCAGUUUUCGACAAAGACAGAUUUUGCAAAACAGGAGAUAUUGUGAUACCUUCCGAACUGGAAUCUAUUCUACUAACUCAUGAUGCUGUAAUAGAUGCAAUAGUAUUGGGAUAUUAUUCUGAAGAAGAAGCAACUGAAAUUCCUAUAGCAUAUGUCGUAAUUAAAAACGGGUAUGAGCAGUCCCAAUCUUUAGUAAGAGAAAUUCAAUUUUUUGUAGAUGAAAAGGUUGAGCCGCAUAAAAAAUUAAGAGGUGGCAUAUUACUUAUUGAUAAAAUUCCAAAAAGUGAGACUGGUAAAAUUUUAAGAAUACAUUUGAAGGAGAAAUUAAAGAAUGAUAAAAGAAUUAAAAUGAAUUAG